UCUCUGUUCACUUCAACAGACUUUGAGACGAUGGCUAACAGAGUUGAACUUGGAGGAUGGGGUGAGACAAAGGAUGCCACUGGGGAAACCCAGAACAUUUGUUAUCAGGUGAAAGACGAAGUGGAGCAAAAGACUGAUAAGAAAUAUGUGGAUUACACAGCAACUGAAUACAGGAGUCAAAUUGUGAAUGGAGAAAACUUCCUCAUCAAGGUUUUUGUUGGAGGGAAGGACUACAUCCAUCUGAGAGUUUUCCAAUUCAUUACAUUUGUAAGAGACGUGGAGGAAAUAAAAUAUGUCCUGCUGGGUGUGGAGCAGCACAAAACCAAAGAGGACCCCCUCGUACCUUUUUAGCAACUGAUCACACAACCUGUUUCAACAGUGAAAUACUUACAGGCUGCAGUCUCAUAUUAAAAUGCUCUGCUUCUUUAUCCUGAAAUGAUUUGAUGUUGAUUCUAUUCACUCAGAGAGAUAAAUAUAUUUGGUGUUGGGAAGCAGCAAGUUGAAUGCACUGCCUUCUCAAGAAAUAAAAAGGAUUUGAAAAUU